AUGGGUUUCGGAAGAAUUUUCCAAGCCUUUUACGGCUGCCCUGCGUGGAAAUUACAGAUCCUUCGGUCUUCCUGGCACAAACCCGCAGACGUGGCCCGGUGGAGGAAUUACGCAUCCUGUCCCUACAAAGCGGUGAUCUUUGACAUGGGUGGCGUUCUCCUUCCUUCCCCAUUCAAACUGGCAAUGGAUUGGGAGAUUCGGAAUCGUGUCCCCAUCGGCACCAUCAAAGAGGCCUUAAGAUCUGGGGGUGAGGACAGGCCCUGGAUGAGAUACAUCAGAGGGCAGCUGAAGUGGGCAGAAUUUCUGCACGAGUUCAGACAACAAUGUUCCAGGAUUGCAAAUGCCUCUGUUCCAGCGGACUCUUUCCUUUUUGAAUUAACCAGGCAACAGAUGUCAGAUCAGCUCCCUGCUAUGACCGAGGCCGUGAAGGGCAUCAGAGCCAGAGGCCUCAAGACGGCCGUUUUGACCAAUAACUUUUAUCUAGAGAGUGGAGAGAGUUUUCUGCCUAUAGACAGAAAGCAAUUUGAUGUGAUUGUGGAAUCUUGUCGGGAAGGGGUGUGUAAACCCGACCCUCGCAUUUACCAGCUGUGCUUGGAGCGCCUGGGUGUCCUGGCCCAGGAGUCCGUCUUUCUGGAUGACAUUGGACAGAACCUGAAAGCUGCCAGCCAACUUGGCAUUAAGACCCUAAAGGUCGAGGAUGUGGACUCUGCAGUUCAAGAAUUGGAGACCUGCCUUGCUUUUCCUUUGUGUGGUGCGAUUCCUUACACGUCUCCUGUGAGGCCGGCCAUGGACAUCCCCACAGCGCCUCUGCAAAAGUAUCUUGAAAACCUCUUGGGGGCCCAAGCGAAAGGUUCUCUGGAGCUGCGCCAGUUCAGUCACGGGCAGUCCAAUCCGACUUACUACGUCGGAUUUGGGGACCAUCAGCUGGUUCUAAGGAAGAAGCCGCCGGGCAAGCUCUUGCCUUCUGCUCAUGCGGUGGAGAGAGAGUACAGGGUUCUGAAGGCCCUCAGGGAGACUGGCGUCCCUGUUCCAAAAGUCCUGGCCUUAUGUGAAGAUUCAAGUGUCAUCGGCACCCCCUUCUUCCUGAUGGAGUACAGCCCCGGCCGGAUCUUCAAGGACUAUUCUCUUCCAGAGCUUGAGCCCCACCAGCGGACGGAGGUUUAUAGUGCCAUGAGCAGCGUCCUCUGCAAAAUCCACAGCGUGGACAUCAAAACCGUUGGUUUGGAGGAUUAUGGAAAACAUGGAAAUUACGCCCAGCGCCAAAUCCAGACAUGGAGCAAGCAGUAUCGAGCCACGGAGACCCACACAAUCCCAGCCAUGGAGAGGCUCCUCAAGUGGUUCCCCUCCCACCUUCCAGCCAGCGAGCAGCUCUCGAUUGUUCAUGGAGAUUUCAGGCUGGACAAUCUUAUCUUCCACCCCGAGAAAAUGGAAGUGGUCGCUGUUCUGGACUGGGAGCUCUCCACCCUGGGGAACCCUCUCUGUGAUGUGGCCUAUAACUGCCUGCCAUAUUACCUGCCCUCGGAUUGCAGCAUCAUAAAAGGCUUGAGUGACUGCGAUCUCGGCCAGCUGGCCAUUCCCACGGCAGAGGCCUACUUGCAGAUGUACUGCCGUCACCACGGCAGCCCUCCGAUCGAGAACUGGAACUUCUACAUGGCCUUCUCCUUUUUCAGAAUGGCUGCCAUCCUGCAGGGGGUCUACAAGCGCUUCCUCUCAGGCCAGGCCAGUUCAGCCGCCGCCGAAAACUUUGAGAAGCUCCCGGAGUUCAUGGCGGACCUUGCCUGGGACUUUGCCACCAAGGAAGGCUUCCGGAUCUUCAGGGGGCUUCCCACUUCUAGACCACCCAGCAGGACGUUCAGGACCUGGGCUGGCCCGAGGCUGCUCCUAAAGAGAGGCUGCGCCACGCUGAGUCCUGCAUCCAAGUCCCACCUGAUCCUCUCUCCGGACGGCCUGCCGAGCCGCGUCCAGGAACUGUACCACAAGCUGAAGAAAUUCAUGGAUUCCCACAUUUACCCAUCUGAGCAGCUCCUGCGAGAUCACCAGUCUUCCCCGAGUAGGUGGACUCCCCAUUCUCUGGUAGAAGAGCUGAAGGAGAAGGCGAAAUCCGAGGGGCUCUGGAAUCUUUUCUUGCCCUUGGAGAGAGAUCCAGAGGCGAAAUACGGGGCAGGCUUGACCAAUGUGGAAUUUGCCCACUUAUGUGAACUGAUGGGGACUUCAGUCUAUGCCCCUGAGGUCUUCAAUUGCUCUGCCCCAGACACUGGCAACAUGGAAGUGUUGGUACGCUACGGCACAGAUGCCCAGAAGGAACGCUGGCUGCUGCCUUUGCUGGAAGGCAAGAUCCGCUCCUGCUUUGCUAUGACCGAACCCCAGGUUGCUUCCUCCGAUGCCACCAACAUUGAGGCUUCGGUCACCAAAGAACAAGACACCUACGUUCUGAACGGGCACAAAUGGUGGAUUUCAGGUUCCCUGGACCCUCGUUGCCAGCUCUGCAUCUUUAUGGGCAAGACCAACCCUGAAGCCCAGAAGCACAAGCAACAGUCAAUGCUGCUGGUUCCCAUGGACUCCCCUGGCCUCACCGUCACCCGGCCGCUCAGCGUGUUCGGCUUGGAAGACGCCCCAGCUGGGCACGGGCAGAUGACCUUUGAAAAUGUCUGCGUUCCCCAAGAGAACCUCCUGCUCGGUCCUGGCCGUGGGUUCGAAAUUGCCCAGGGGCGGCUGGGCCCUGGAAGGAUCCACCACUGCAUGAGGCUGGUCGGCCUGGCAGAAAGAGCGCUAGCCCUCAUGAAGGAGCGGGUGACCACCCGCGUGGCCUUUGGCAAGCCGCUAGUGGAGCAGGGCACCAUCAGGGCGGAUCUGGCCGAGUCCCGCCUUGAGAUCGAGCAGGCCCGGCUCCUUGUCCUCAAGGCGGCCCAUCUCAUGGACACUGUGGGAAAUAAGGAAGCCGCUCUGGAGAUUGCCUUGAUCAAAGUCGUGGCUCCGAGGAUGGCGCUCCGGGUCAUUGACCGGGCUAUCCAGGCCUUUGGCGCAGCAGGCCUCUGCAGCGACCUGCCCCUGGCCCAGGCCUUUGCUUGGGCACGGGUCCUGCGCUUGGCUGACGGCCCUGAUGAAGUCCACAAGGCGGCCAUUGCGAAAAUGGAACUGAAAGGCUAACCGGGGCUGAGUGGAGUCUGAGGGGACGUGCAGGCCACGUUUUUAAGGAGCAGAGGCCACGUUUUCCAGCAAGGCUUAUUGGCUUCUGGAGUUUAUACUCUAGAAGAGCAUGGAAGAAUUAUGUAAUUGCUCCCCUUGACUGUUUCUUGAUUCUGCUGGCUGCUACUCCAGAUUUUGAGCACCAGGAAGUGCUUGGUUGAUCUCAGGCCCUUGGCUGGUUUUGGCUUCUCUUUGGGAAGAUGGUGAGGAGAGAGAAGAUGGGGACAAUCUUCCGAUGGUUUCUUACAGAGAGAUGCCUUCGUAGUCCAUUCAUGUGAGGACUGCGAUUUGGGGGUGAUUUGAUAUUUUUGAUAAUGCAGGGGGUGAAAUCAUGGGGGAAAAAACCACUGUGAAAGGUUCUACAGAAUGUAGCAUUAGAAAAAUCAGCAAUAAAUGUACU